AUGGAGUCAUUCCUGAGGACCGCACUGAGACUCCAGCCGGGCAAAGUCGCCCGCUUCCUCGUCAAUGGCGCCGGCAUCUUCUGCGCUUCCACAUUGAUCUGGGAGCACCUGGUGACGAUCCAAUCCAGCGAAGGACCAUCGAUGUAUCCGACCUUCAACCCGCGAGGCGAUUGGCUUUUGAUUUCGCGACUGCAUAGCAAUGGGAAGGGAAUCCAGGUUGGCGAUGUUGUCCGGUUCAAUCACCCGACUUUUCUGGGUGUUCAUGGCGCAAAGAGGGUGAUUGGUAUGCCCGGGGACUUUGUUUGUCGCGAUCAGCCGUACAGUACUGAGGUUGGGAAACAACCAGAUAUGAUUCAGGUCCCUGAAGGCCAUGCAUUCCUUGUCGGCGAUAACCUCCCCUGGUCGCGAGAUUCGAGAAACUUUGGACCCGUACCGCUGGGUUUGAUCAAUGGCAAAAUUGUCGCACGAGUCUGGCCACCGUCAAAGAUGGAAUGGGUCAAGAAUACUAUGCAGCCGGCGCAACUAGACGAUCAGAUCUGA